AUGCCAUUCAUCGAGGACGCCUCCCGGGCUUUGGCAAUUAGGCCUUCGUUGCUGCAGGCUGGAGUCGAUGACCGGACAUCGUCACAUACUACACCCCCUGUGGAAGACACGAGAUCCAUGGCAGUGGUCUGCUCUUGCAACCGCGACAGCAGUGGCAACAUUGUGCACGCAUGCACCGCUGCUUCCUAUGUCUCUCAGGCUACGGCGGCGCCUCAGCAAGACAUCGCCGCCCGGAACCACGACUUGAUGGAGGUCGGAGCGCUGUUCGAUCAGAAAUGA